GACGGGCUUCCUAACCUUGAAGACAUAGACCUUGAAUCUGAGGCAUUCGCGGCUCUACCACCCCCCGCCCAACUGCAUGUCCUUCUCAUGCUACAACGGUACCUGACUUCGGGGAAACUGGCAGGUCAGAAAACCGUAGAAGGUGAGUGCGAAACCUCUACCGGCGAUGCAUUCUCUACGCUCCAAUUAAAUCGCCUCAUUCUCCGUCGCAAGUUGACCAUCAAACAGGCCCAAAUUCAUCAGCUUUUCAACGAAAAGGCUGUCCGUGAGGUUGUAUCGAAUCUGGACGAUAAAACAGCUGACCUAAUUAGAACCAAUUUUUCCGCAGACCUUGACAACGCUGUUCAGGUCAAGGCAUCGCGCAUCGUAUCCCAGGACCAGGGCCACACAAUCCUGUUAAAAAAAGAAACCAGCUUAAAACGCCCCACUGUUUCGCCAUUAAAACGCCUUCGACGGGCACAUCCCAGUAUCGGUGUUUGCUGA